AAGCAUGUGAUAAAUGUACAGAUGAUGCAGGGAUUCUGGGAAAAGAGAGAGGUGAAUGAUUCCAGUAUUUCUGUGGCCUCUGGACAAAACCUAGAAGGCCGGUCUAGAUUUGCAAAACUUGGCAUGGCCACAAACGAUGUGUUAAAUAAGGCAUGCAGAGAUGUUCUGGAAUCAGAAAUUCCCUCAUCUGACAUUGAAAACAAGGUGAAUUUAUUGUCAAACAAAAAAAGGAAUAAUAUGAAAUUGUAUACACAUCAAGAGGAUCUUUUGAAAAAAGCAAAACAUUCUGGAUAUAAGGAAUUUGAUGUUUCAUUAACAUACAAGUGCAUUAGAAACAUUUGUUCAACGAUCCCUAAACCAACAAAAGGAAAAUGGGGAGAUGACAGUAUGCCUGCAGCAGGAGAGGUGACAGUGGGUGACGAUAUCGAGAGAAUUAGAUUGAUUCGAAAUGAAUUGACUGCACAUGUGAGUUCAGCCUCCACACCGCAGAAAGAAUUUGAUGACACUUGGUCGUUGAUGUCGGAUAUCUGUCACAGACUGGAAACCUUCACUGGAAAGAAGUACUUAGAUGAUCUUAAAUCCAUUGAAAAACUUACCUUAAGAAGAGAAGACGAGAAUGCUAUUAUAGAAAAAGUCAAACUGCAAGUAAUCUUGGAGAAAAUGAAAUCAAAUGUGCUUGAAUUGGAAAUAAUGCUCAAACCUAAUGUAGGUGCUAAAAAUUAGGGUUCGUAGAAUGCUGUAUAGAAUACCAAAGAAUAGUGAGACUUGAAUUGCAAUUCACAAACAAUUUUUUUUAUGUCGGGUAUUUAAUAUUUUGAACCGAGAUGUAUCAGAAACUGAAUUAAAGGUUUGAAGCAUUGAUAAAAAUCAGAAUGUUGAUUAUACUAUGAAUUCAAUCUUUAAACAAUGAAUAUUUUUCAAACUUUAUAGAAUUAAUGAGUACCAU